AGUGUUCGGUGCGGGAAGUUUGAAAUCGCAGCGGGCGCAGCCGCGCGGGGCUAUGGCCGAGCUGGGCAGCGCGGGGGCCGCGGCGCCGCGGGGGGACGGGCGGCUCGGGCUGCCGGUCCUCAGCAGCGCCGGCCCGCGGGACCGCGCCGAGGAGGCGAACCCAGGGCUGCUGCAGGAAGAUGAUGAUUCCCAUAGCGAUUAUGGCAGUCGGGACAAACCAGGGACUGCUUUGGGACGGGCUGUGCCGGAUGGAAAUGUGCUUUUCCCAGAUAUUUUUCACACUGAUCACCUGUUGUUCUACGAGCGAUUUAAAGCUUACCAGGAUUACAUCUUGGCUGACUGCAAAGCUUCUGAGGUGAAAGAAUUCACAACUGAAUACCUGGAGAAGGCCCUUGAACCAUCGGGAUGGCAGGCGGUCUGGCGCACUAAUGUGUUUGAGGUCCUUGUUGAGGUUGUGGAUGUGGAGUACUCAGCUCUGAAAGCCAUUGUGCAGCUCAGUGAGCCUUUCCUGUGCGAGUCCCGGGUCAGCACUUUCACCUUGGAGUGUGUGCAGGAGCUCUUGGAGCUGAAGGAGCGUCAGGUGCCGCUGCAGGAGCUGUGGGUUGUGUAUGACGACUCGGGAGAGUUUGAUCAGACAGCACUCGCUGUAGAGCACGUCAGGUUCUUCUACCAGUGCAUCUGGAGGACCUGGGAUGAGGAGGAGGAGGAUGAUUUUGAUUACUUUGUGCGAUGCGUUGAGCCUCGACUAAGACUGCACUACGACAUCCUUGAACGCCGGGUGCCUUCUGGGCUUGUAGCCGAUUACCAGAACUUGUUGUCUAAGUGUGAACAGGUUUACAGGAAGUUUUUGAAUGUGAGGAACAGCAUCCCCAGCAGUGAUGUGGACUCGGAAGCAGAAAAUGUCUCCAUGGUGGAAGGACUAAAAUUGUAUGAUGAAAUAGAGCACUUAAAGCAGAAGCUAAAAAUAAUUGAGAAUCCUCUGCUGAGGUAUGUGUUUGGUUACCAAAAAUACAGUGGUCUCCAAGCUAAAGGACUGAGACCCACAGGUACCAAGAUCAUUCAUAUUGUAUCCUCAACUAUGACGGCGAGUCUGCUGCAGUCAUUGAUGAGGGACAAACUUUGCCCUGAAUCUUGUGGUGAAGAACUAGAAAUACAGUUCCACAAUGAUCCGCUGGCAGCUGUAAAUGCCUGUUAUGAAGGAGACACGGUCAUCAUCUGUCCUGGGCAUUAUGUUGUGGAUGGCGUAUUCUACAUUGCUGACUCAGUUGAACUAGAAGGCUACGGCCUGCUGGACGAUAUUGUGAUAGAAAAACAAGGGAAAGGAGACAACUUUGUUGACUGUACAGGAGCCAAUAUAAGGAUCUCCGGGUUAAAGUUAGUGCAACAUGAUGCUGUGGAGGGGAUUUUAAAUGUUCAUCAUGGGAAAACUACCCUGGAGAAUUGUGUGUUACAGUGUGAAACUACAGGUGUAACAGUACGAACAUCAGCUGAGCUAUUAAUGAAAAACUCAGAUCUGUAUGGUGCCAAGGGUGCUGGUGUGGAAAUAUAUCCAGGUAGUACGUGCACCCUGUUAGACAACGACAUACACCACUGCAAGGAGGGAAUACUUAUAAAGAACUUUUUAGAUGAACAUUAUGACGUCCCCAAGAUAACCAUGGUCAAUAAUGUGAUCCAUAAUAAUGAAGGAUACGGUGUGGUGCUGGUUAGAUCAACAGUACCCUCUGAUGUAAAGGAUGCUCCAGCAGAGACAACAAAAGGGAGUUCGCAGCCACGUGAUGGGACAGCCCAGCAUUCUGGGACUGAGGGGCUGGACCUUUGGGAGCAAGCUGAGGUUUCUAAACAAACUGAAGGCAAUUAUGAGAUUGCAAGUGAAAUUGGGGCAACUUCUGCAAAGAAGAGCCAGAUGCACAAGAAAAGACUGAGUGAACUGGGAAUCACAGAAGCUGGUGACGACUUAAUGUCGCAGGAAGUGUUUGUUUCUAUUGUGGGCAAUCAGUUCAAACGGAAUGGGAAAGGAAGUUUUGGUACCUUUCUUUUCUGACCAUUCUAACUCCCGGUGGCAUCACAAAAAGAGAUUUGCACAAGCUAUUAUUAUCAUUGCAAGGAGUUGUCCUGUUCAAUUAGCCUUCCAUAAUGUUACUAAAAUGUGACAAAUAUUUAUUAAUAGUAUAUUUACAUAUUGCAUGUGGAAACUUAGCUUCCUUGCUGCAAGUAUGGGUAACAUGGUAGAAAACAGAACUCUGGUGUGGAGACUGCGCAUGUGUUCAGAUAAUUUGUGUGCUGCUGCUUUGCUAGCUGUGUUUUGUUUUGUUUUUUAGAGUAUUUAACUUAUUGGAAAAAAAAGUCUUCAGAGGAAGAAAAUAUAGAUAGGGUUCAUCAUAAAAGAGUGAACAACAAACGUGCAGCAAUUAGUGGUACCUCUUCCUUCAUAUAUUUUAAAGUGUCAUUAGUCUGCAGAUGACCCCUGUAAGAGUUUGACAUACUUUUUAAUUUUUUGCAUUGAACUGAAGCGAGUGAAAUGCUGUUCCUUAGGAAUGCAGUGAUUCGCUGCCAUGGUUUGUACUUGGAAGUUUUCUUGGUGUUUGGAAGGGUUGCACCGUGUAGUGUUCUGUGUUGGUCUGUGCCGAGCUGUUCGCUUCCCGCAGGUGCCUGUGCACCUUUCCCUUCGGCAGGACGGCAUCCGACUAAGCUCCUUUAAUAUGAAUAAAGAGAAAUUAAAAUAGAUGUCUGUCAAUUAGUGGUAUUCAUACUAUACUUCCCAGUGCGUUAUUCUAACUUUUUAAAAACUGUGUGCGACUCGUAGUGGCUGAGGUUUUGGAAAUGAAGGGAAAAAUCUGAAAAAUUACUUUCUACUGCAAUCUUAGCAGCCCACAGCUGUGGAAUGUUCAGUAAAUCAAAGGCACCUGAGUGGUCACUGCACACUGUUGGUUUUUACUUGAGGGAGAAACGGGAAGGACUCUUCAUUCUCAGUGCCUGGUUUUUAAUUACAAAUCUAGAUGCCUUCUUCAAACUUUUGUCCUGUCUUCGAGAGCUGUAGGUCAGUUUUUGAACUCAUGUGUGAAAUGUACGUAAGGAAAAUACUAAUUCUGAAGUGAUUCAGGAUGUCCUAUGAAACUGAAUCAAGGAUAUUGUUAAGAAGGGAGAAGGAUGGUGCCAGCAAAUGGAUGCUCAAAUAGUUUCUAAAAGCAGCGUAGCAGGUGGAUGCCUUCACUAGAAAUGAAUAUGUUACCAGGGAGUGGAUGUGGAUAGUCUGAUCCAGAUUUUUCACUCUAGCUGUUCUUAAAUUGACAAUCAAAAUUCACUUCAGCACAUGAUUUGUUUUAGUGUGAGCAGCUGAUAGAAAGGAAAGGAGAAAGGUGUCAUUUACCAGCACUUGUUUUCCUCGCCCACAGCCGCUGGGUUUGUUCUGCUCUGGACACCUCACGUCAGGACUAAACUCUGCGUGUGGAUUCACAUCGAUGUCACUGCAACAGCUCAAUGUGCACAAAACCAGAGACGUUUUCCACACAGUGACUUUAAAGAACUGCUGAAGUCACAGGAGAGCCUAAUGCUCAGACUGGAAUUAGUUUAGUAUCUGAAGCUGCUCAGCGAUCACACGCUGCCUUUCGUGCGUUGACGUUACACCUUUAUUUCCCCAAGUGUAAUCCUUAUUAAAGGACUGGGGCUAAAACCGAA